GAAAUAUCCAUGAAGCGCGACAUUGCAAAACUGGUUUCCAAUGGAUUCUACAGAGAAGCCCUUUCUGUAUACUCCAAACUCCACUCUUCCUCCGUCCUUGAUCACAAAUUCACCUUCCCUUUUCUUCUCAAAGCCAGUGCCAAGCUCAAUUCACCUCUCCAAGGCCAAAUCCUACACACCCAACUCAUUAAAACCGGAUUUCAUUUAGAUAUUUAUGCGGCCACUGCUCUCGCAGACAUGUACAUGAAACUUCAUCUUUUGAGCUAUGCUCUCAAGGUGUUCGACGAAAUGCCUCACCGAAACUUGCCUUCACUGAACGUCACGAUUUCUGGAUUUUCGCGAAAUGGGUAUUUCGGAGAGGCCCUGGGGGCGUUCAAACAGGUGGGGUUGGGGAAGUUCAGGCCCAAUUCAGUUACUAUAGCUAGUGUUCUGCCUGCAUGUGCAAGUGUUGAACUUGAUGGGCAAGUACAUUGCUUGGCGAUAAAGUUGGGUGUUGAGUCCGAUAUUUAUGUGGCGACCGCGGUUGUGACGAUGUAUUCGAAUUGUGGGGAGCUGGUUUCGGCUAAGAAAGUGUUUGAUCAGAUUUUGGAUAAGAAUGUUGUCAGCUACAAUGCUUUUAUUUCAGGGCUUUUGCAAAAUGGGGCUCCGCAUUUGGUCUUUGAUGUGUUUAAGGACUUGUUGGAGUCUUCAGGUGAAGUACCCAAUUCGGUGACACUGGUUUCAAUUCUUUCUGCAUGUUCGAAACUUUUGUAUAUUCGAUUUGGUAGACAGAUUCAUGGGCUGGUUGUGAAGAUUGAGAUCAAUUUUGAUACUAUGGUGGGAACUGCACUUGUGGACAUGUACUCCAAAUGUGGUUGUUGGCAUUGGGCUUAUGGCAUAUUCAUAGAACUGAGUGGCAGCAGGAACCUAGUAACAUGGAAUUCAAUGAUUUCUGGAAUGAUGUUGAAUGGUCAGAGUGACAUUGCUGUUGAACUUUUUGAACAGUUAGAACCUGAAGGAUUGGAACCUGAUUCAGCAACAUGGAAUAUAAUGAUUAGUGGGUUUUCGCAACAAGGGCAGGGGGUUGAAGCUUUUAAGUUCUUCCAUAAAAUGCAAUCAGCUGGUGUAAUAGCUAGUUUAAAAUCUAUCACAAGUCUUUUACGGGCUUGCUCAGCUCUGUCUGCUUUGCAAAGUGGAAAAGAGAUUCAUGGGCACACAAUUAGAACCAAUAUCGAUACUGAUGAAUUCAUUUCUACUGCACUCAUUGACAUGUACAUGAAAUGCGGUCAUUCUUAUUUGGCUCGAAGAGUUUUUUGCCAGUUUCAGAUAAAACCUGAUGACCCAGCAUUUUGGAAUGCAAUGAUUUCUGGGUAUGGAAGGAAUGGAGAGUAUCAAUCUGCAUUUGAGAUUUUCAAUCAGAUGCAGGAAGAAAAAGUGCAACCAAAUUCAGCAACACUCGUCAGUAUCCUAUCUGUGUGCAGUCACACAGGUGAGGUUGACAGAGGAUGGCAAUUGUUUAGGAUGAUGAAUAGAGACUAUGGCCUGAACCCAACUUCGGAGCAUUUUGGUUGCAUGGUUGACCUUUUAGGUAGAUCUGGUAGGUUGAAGGAAGCUCAAGAACUUAUUCAUGAAAUGCCAGAGGCAUCCGUUUCUGUUUUCGCUUCUUUGCUUGGUGCUUGUAGGCAUCAUUCGGAUUCUGCUUUGGGAGAAGAAAUGGCUAAAAAACUUUCAGAGUUAGAGCCACAGGACCCAACCCCUUUUGUGAUUUUGUCCAACAUAUAUGCUGUUCAAGGAAGGUGGGGUGAUGUAGAAAGGGUCAGAGAAAUGAUGAAUGAUAGGGGAUUGAAAAAACCCCCUGGCUGUAGUUCAAUUGGAGUGACAUGAAAGGAACAAGAAUGCAUAGA